UUGAAGGAAAAAUGAAAAAAAAAUCGCGGGCCUAACUCACAAAAUUAGAGUCCCUCGACAUCCUUCCCCCAAUUUUAUUAUCGAUUGUUUAUAUUCUGCCGAAUCAAAGCUCGAAAGAACAAGGACACUUGCGAGACUCGUUAUCAUCUUCGUAUAACAAUUUCUCAGGAUUCAAACCCUCGUAACAAUCCAACGCUCUUGAAAAAUAAAAGAGAAAGUCUUCCGGCGAAUGGCAGUUCUGAGCUAAUUCUUUUCGCGGGCAUGCCAAAUUUGGGGACAUCGAUAAAUGAAAAAAGAUUCUUCUCCAACUUCAUUUGGCGAGCAUUUUAGCGGGGGAUGGAAAUGGUGGGAAUGAUGGCGGGGAAGAACUCCCAUCUACUCUCUCUGCUAAACGUUGCUGAAAAUCAUGCAGAAGCAGGUCCAAGGAUCGAAUCCCUUAAACACGUCAAGGACAUUUUGCUACUUCAAAGGGAGAGGGACCCCGCUUUGUUACAAGAGUUUGUGGCUCAUUUGCCCGAUCUGCAGACGGCGCCUUUUAGUUCCGUGCGGAAAUAUUUAGCCGAGAUGAUACAAGAGAUUGGUUUGAAGAAUAUGGAACACUUGUCUGCGAUGCUUCCAGUUUUGUUGACAUUGUUAAAAGAUGAUGUACCAGCUGUUGUCCGUCAGUCUAUUGCCAGUGGAACAAAUUUGAUUCGAAAUGCUUUGGAACUAGUUUCCCUUCAGGUUAGUUAUUCAGGAAAAUUGGACAAGUGGCUUGAGGACUUAUGGUCAGAGAUGGUGAAAUUUAAAGAUGCAGUAUACCCAUUUGCCUUUCAGCCUGGAUCAGAUGGAGUAAAAUUGCUAGCAGUAAAAUUUGUUGAAAUAACAAUUUUACUUUUUACACCUGAUUCAAAUGGAUCUCAGCCACCGUUGACCCAGCAAAAUACUGAUGGCAAGUCAAGAAGUUUUAAUAUAUCAUCGUUGGUUGGAGAACGUCCAUUUCUUGAUCAAGCAAUGCUAGGCCAGGAAGCUAGCAAGAACUUGGGGCUUAUGUUAGAGCAGUUGCGAUCUCCUGAUGUCACAAUGCUUCAGAGUUCUGUGGUCAUUGUUCUUAUCAACAGUCUUGCAGCAAUUGCGAAGAAAAGGCCAGCACUAUGUGGGCGUAUCAUGCCAGUAUUGCUUGGUUUUGAUCCUAACACUGAAGCUGGAAGAGGGGGUCAAGUUGCAAGUGUACUACAUGCUCUCAAGACUGCAUUUCUUGGAAUCCUGAAGUGUACACACCAUGGGGCAAUGCCGUGGCGGGAUCGCUUGCUGACAGCUUUGCGAGCAAUGAAUGCUGGAGAAGUAGCAGAACAAGCCCUUCGCCAAGUUGACAGGAUGCUAAGAAAUGCUGAACGUGCAUCCCGUGAUCCACGGUUUACGAAGGAAGAAAGGUCAGCGAUGAGUUUAUAUGGUGUAGAGACAGUCAAGAAGAGGCCUAUAGUUCAUGAUAAUGGCAGCUCGGGUGACAUUGACGAGAUGCCUGGAAAAAGAUUGCGAUCUACUCUGCAAAAUUUACCAACAGUGCAGUUGCCUCAAACAACUAGCAGUACAAUGCAGGAUAAUGGUCCUUCAAAUGGGGUAUCAUCACUUGAUGGUCAAAUGAAUCCAGUACAACAGAUGAUUACCAUGAUAGGUGCACUGCUGGCAGAAGGAGAAAGAGGCGCCGAAUCACUUGAGAUCCUCAUUUCAAAAAUUCAUCCGGAUUUGCUUGCCGAUAUAGUAAUUGCUAAUAUGCAGUAUCUACCUGCAAGUCCUCCACCUGUUUCUAACAGGGUUGUUAAUCUUUCAGCAUCCACAGGUUUACAAGCAAAUACAUCAGGUAAAGUAUCACAAGCCACAUCCCUAUCAACAAACAUAUCACAAGCAACAGCUUCACAAUCUAUUGUUUCUCAAGCGAUGCCGUCAUCUAGUAGUACAUCUCAAACGAGUCCAUCUACAAGCAUCUUGAACUCAUCUGCAGUAGAUGUGGCUAUGCCCCAACAAGUGCCUCUAGAUGUUCGGCGUGAUCCUCGGAGGGAUCCUCGGCGUAUGGACCCUCGACGUAUGGCAAUCCCUGUUGGUGUAUCAUUAUCAUCUGCGAAGGCAGAAGACACACGUGUGAAAACUUCUAGUCCAGUUGUAGCCACAUCUGUAAUUUUGCCUGUAACAAAGAGUGAAAGUGUUUCUGCUAGUACAGUGGGGCAUGUUGAAUCUACUCUCUUACACCUGAAUGAUUCCAAUCCCAUGGAAAUAAAGACAGGAAACAUGGAGGAAGUUCAUGAUUUGUCUCCAGAGUUGGCAACACCUACACCAGUAGUUGCAGGAAGCAUUUCUGUUAACACUGGGGCAGUAGAACUUCUGCCAUUGAGGAGUGCUACAACUGUAGAAUCUGAGUCAAGAAUGGAAGUGGAUUCUUGUGCAGAAACAAAUCUGUCUUCUUCUGAUGUAUCAUCUACUACGACUUCAGAAGCUCCCAUGCCACAGUUAACAAUGGUGCAGCCAUACAUAAAUCUGACAGAGGAACAGCAAGCUUUCUUAAGUAAGAUGGCAUUCACCCGUAUAGUUGCAGCAUACAACCAAGCAGGUACUGCAGGUGGUGGGGAUUUGCGACGAGCACUGCUAGCACUGUUAGUUGCUCAGUGUGAAACAGGUAAUGAUGCGGUGGGAGUCCUGCAGAAGCAUAUAGUGGCAGAUUAUCAAAAUCAUAAGGGGCAUGAUCUCACGUUGCAUGUUCUCUAUCAUCUAUAUGAACAGAUUGUGUCUCAACCAAAGGAACUCGUUUCAUCUGAAGUUGCUUCAUCAGUUUAUGAAAAGUUUCUUCUUGCUGUGGCUCAAGCUCUGCGGGAUUCCCUGCCACCUUCUGACAAAUCGUUGAGCAAAUUGCUGGGUGAAGCACCUUUUCUGCCUGAAUCAGCUUUGACAUUGCUAGAAGGCCUGUGUAAUCCGGGUACAUCCGAUCAUCAUGAGAAGGAUAUGGUUAAUGGGGAUCGGGUAACUCAAGGUCUAGGUGCUGUUUGGAGCCUAAUUUUACUGCGACCACUCACAAGGAAUGCCUGUUUAAAUAUUGCUUUGCAGUGUGCAGUACAUGAUCUGGAUGAAGUACGAGCAAAGGCCAUACGUCUGGUAGCUAAUAAGCUUUAUCCCCUUGACUACAUUUCACAAAAUAUUGAGCAGUUUGCUACAAAGAUGCUGCUAUCAGUAGUUGAUGCUCAACAGGUUUCAGGUGGCACACAUGAUUCUUCAGCAAGUGAUGAAACAUGUUCUAGAAUAAAUAAGGAAAAUGUUCAGAAGAAAAUGCCAAAUGGAGAAGAAUCUGUAACAGAAGGAAAAGCGUUUACCAUAGAAAACACUGCUGAAAAUGAUUCACAGCAGGUUACUCGACAUGCAUCUACAGUGUCUAUGGCAAAAGCACAACGUUGCAUGUCACUGUACUUUGCUCUUUGUUCAAAGAAGCAUGGACUUCUUCAGAAGGUUUUCAUUAUUUAUGGACAAGCACCAAAGGCUGUGAAACAGGCAGUCCAUCGGCACAUUCCUACCCUUGUACGGGCCAUUGGUUCCUCAUCAUCUGAAUUGCUUGAAAUCAUCUCUGAUCCUCCACAUGGGAGUGAAAGUAUUCUUAUGCAGGUCUUGCAUAUUUUGACAGAAGGGACAACCCCUUCUAAGGACCUGAUUGAGACUGUCAAACAGCUAUAUGAGACCAAACUAAAGGAUGCAGGAAUUCUAAUUCCGAUGUUGUCAUCAUUAUCAAAAGAUGAGGUUUUGCCCAUUUUUCCUCGACUUGUUGAUCUUCCACUUGACAAGUUCCAAAAUGCACUUGCUCGGAUUUUACAGGGUUCCGUUCAUACAGGUCCUGCAUUGACACCAGCUGAAGUUUUGAUUGCAAUCCAUGGAAUUGAUCCAGAAAAAGAUGUGAUACCUUUGAAGAAGAUAACAGAUGCAUGCUCUGCAUGCUUUGAGCAGCGCACUGUUUUUACCCAGCAAGUUCUGGCCAAAGUCUUAAAUCAACUGGUUGAACAGACUCCCCUGCCUCUGCUCUUUAUGCGCACGGUUAUUCAAGCAAUUGGAGCUUUCCCUUCUCUGGUAGAUUUUGUAAUGGAGAUACUGUCUCGGUUAGUAAGCAAACAGAUCUGGAAACUGCCCAAAUUGUGGGUGGGGUUCUUGAAGUGUGCAUAUCAGACAAAGCCCCAUUCAUUUCAUGUGCUUUUACAGUUGCCAGCACCACAACUUGAAAAUGCCCUAAACAGACAUCCUACUCUGAGAGCUCCUCUUGCUUCUUAUGCCAGCCAACCCAACGUCCGGUCUACACUUCCCAGGACAACACUUGUGGUUUUGGGCCUUGCUCAGGAUAACCUGCCUGUUAUUUCAAUUUCCUCAACCCCACAGUCUACUGAUGCAGGUGCCUCUGGAAAGAUGACAAAAGACACAUGAGUAUUGAGGUUUUGCGGUUACCAGAUGAAGCUUUCUCUUGUUUGAAAUGAUCUUCAUGCAGUGUGGUUGAAGAUUUGGAAGUCAUUUAUCAAGAUGAUUAAUUAUUCGUGGAUUAUUCCUGCAUAUGCUGCCAGGCAAAUUGAUCUGUUCUUCAGAAGGUUCCAGCAAGAAAUGUAGAUGCGUUCAUUGUACAGACUUUGUAGAGCAGAUUUUAUGUGACAAAUGGUUGAGAUCGUCUUAAGCUUUCGAAGUGACAUAUCAAGUGUGAGCCUCUCAUCAAAAAGCCAAGUCACAAGGGUAUUCCAACAGGGUAAACAUAAUCGUAGAAUACAUUUUAAUGAGGUAGAUUGUUGAAAGAACAUGGGACUUGGCUCUGUUUGUGGAAGCAUGGGCAGAAUCAGGUCAAUUUUACCUUGUUCUACAUUCAAAAGGUUUCUGGUUGACACGCAGUCAUCACCGAGGGAAAUUAUUUACCACAGCCAGAUCUUAUCUAUGGAGUCUGUACAGCUUGCAGGGACCUGGCUCUGCUUCAUGUUUCUUAAAAAAAUAUGCAGGCAGAUGCAUGUACAAUAACAGUAAACAACACUAAAAAUGAAAUUGAUUUCUUUGCA